GAGAACGGUCGCAAGUGGCAGUGCAACAUGUGUGGUUAUGUUGGUGACACUCCUCAGACGUACUACUGCCACCUGGAUGACACCAUGCGACGGGCUGAUCGAUAUGAGAGGCCGGAGCUCGUCAAUGGCACAAUUGACUUUAUAGCUCCUGCGGAAUACAUGGUUCGACCCCCACAGCCGCCGGUUUUUAUGUUCCUUUUGGAGUCAACAUAUCAAGCGGUUGCAUCGGGCGCAUUGGCGAGUGCUGCUGCUGCUAUCAAGGAGCUUGUGGAGAAGAAGAGUUUCCCGGGAGGAGAGAGAGCGCUGGUUGGGGUUAUGACCUUCGACUCUUCGAUCCAUUUUUACAAUCUCAACUCGAGGCUAUCGCAACCGCAGAUGCUUGUGGUGUCGGAUCUAGAGGACCCCUUUUUGCCCCUACCUGAUGACAUACUGGUGCCGGCGCAGGAGUGCGAGGCGCAGCUGUCGCAGUUAUUGACCAACUUGCCGGAGAUGUUCCAACAGUCUCGGUCCAACGAGUCGUGUCUGUCGGCGGCAGUGAAAGCAGCGUGGAUGGCGAUGAAGCACGUCGGUGGGAAGCUCAUCAUUUGCGCCAGCUCGAUAGCAUCGGUUGGUCCGAACGCGUUGAAGUCGACGAAGGAAAAUCUGAGGUUGCUCAACACUGACCGGGAGAUUGAGAUGCUUAAGCCUACAAUGGAAGGGUUCAAAGAGUUGGCUGCUGAUCUCACCCGGGUUCAAAUCACGGCAGAGAUGUUUUUAACUACCAAUAUGUACAUGGACAUCGCCUCGAUAUCACCCCUGGCGCGUUACACUGGUGGCGACAUCAGAUACUAUCCCGGCUUCCGAGCUGACAUCCACGGGGAGAAGCUGCGAGAGGAGCUGCAACACGUGUGCACGAGAGAUAUGGGCUGGGAGGCGGUCAUGCGUGUGCGUGUUAGCAAAGGAUGGAAAGUCACUAACUUUUAUGGUCACAUGUUCGUCAGGACGCGCGAUCUGCUCGUUGUCCCUAACUGUCACGAAGACCAAACUUUUUCUAUUACGCUGGAGCCAGAUGCCGAUGUAAAAUUAGAUCCUUUCGUAUGCGUACAGUGUGCGCUGCUGUUCACUACCUCCAAUGGCGAACGAAGGAUACGAGUGCACACGGUGCAGUUGCCUACUACGGGAAAUAUAGAUGAGGUUCUUGAUACGACCGAUCCGGAAGCUGCCACGGGUUUGAUGGCUUCCUUGGCUUGUGAUAAGGCGAUGGAGGCUAGCAGCAAGCUGGCUGACGCUAGGAAUCUGAUACAGAAUACUAUAGGCCAGAUAGUCACGUCCACGCAGUCUCACAUUGAAGCUGUGCGACCAUUGCCACUACAUGUUCUGGGUCUCUUGAAAUCGCCGAUGUUCAGGGCGACUAGUGACGUACCAUCGGACCAGAGGGUCUACUACUGGACAAGGCAUGAGUCGAUCUCGCUCCCUCUGCAAGCCGCGCUCUUUUAUCCGAGGAUGUUCGCAGUUCACCAGCUUUCGGGCGAUGAAGGCACAGUCGAUCCGAACACCGAGAGAGUAGUUCUACCGCACUGCAUCGCUCUGAGUGCCGAGAACAUGACUGGGGACGGAAUUUACCUCCAAGAAGAUGGGGAGUCUAUAUUGAUGUGGAUCGGCAAGGCUGUGUCGCCGCAGCUUCUACAUUCUCUCUUUAACAUACCAUCUCUGGACCAACUCGCGCUUGAAAUGGGGGAGAACUGCCUUGCCCGAGAUUCGCCCGAUGACACAUGUCAGCGAGUGAUGUCUAUUAUCGAUCAGCUGAGGCUGGAUAGAGCCCCUCCGAUGAUGCAGCUCAUCCUGGUACCUCAGGGCAGCCAAUAUGAGGUCCGAUUCUUCUCUAAUCUCAUCGAGGAUAAGACCAUCGGUAUGCAGAUGAGCUAUCAGGAGUUCCUUCAUCGCAUCGGUGGGAGCAAUCAACCAAGAGGCACUUCUCAGACCCCAGGCAUAGCCCCGCAAGCUAUGAUGCCGAGUGGUCCGCAGAUGUCUGGACUACAAGGAGGCGCACCCAUGCCCCCUCCACCGGGGGGAAUGUAUGGCUCUGAGCAACCUAAGAGCGCGCAGAUGCCAACAAUGCCUCCGAUGGGGCAAAUGCCCCUCGCACCACCUUCCAUUGGCAAUCACGUUCCUAACGGCCCUCCUCGGAUGACCCAAUCGCCAAUGGGUCAGCCCCCGAUGGGUCAGCCCCCGAUGGGCCAGCCCCCGAUGGGUCAGCCACCGAUGGGUCAGCCCCCAACGGGUCAGCCACCGAUGGGUCAGCCCCCAAUGGGUCAGCCCUCGAUGGGUCAGUCCUCGAUGGGUCAGCCCUCGAGAGGUCAGCCCCCGAUGGGUCAGCCCCCGAUGGGACCGCCGCGGAGCACGUAUCGAUGAAGAGAAGAUAUACGGUCUGUUCAGCAUAGUUUUUUUGCUGACGGUUUUUGCUGAAGAUAUGUUGAGCGGUGCCAU